UUUAUUUGCCAAUAAAUAUCAUAAUCACGAUUGCGAUGUUAGGAUAUUUUAAAACAACGAUAGCAGAUGAUAAUAUAUCAGCAAAAAAAAUUCAAGCAUCAUCAAAUAAUCGUGAAUCAUACAAUGACAUUGGACCUUUUCGUGUUCGACGGCCUGAAAUUGAAAAAGCCUUAGACAUCAUAGAAACAAUAUCAACAAAUUUAGAUAAUGAUGAUUGCAUAAACACAUAUGGAUUUAAAUUAUUACCAUCUGGUGUUGAAUUAAAUCCACAUAAAUAUGAUAAUGCAAGACAAAAAAUUGACAUGACAUCAAUUAUGAUGGACAAUUUAUCAUCCGUUCGUCAUGGUAUACUAUUAGAUGCAAUUGCCAAAUCAUUAUUGUUAUCAAUUAAAUAUUCAAUAGCAUCGAGAAUUAUUAUUUUUAACAGUACAAAUAAUUUUAUUAUUACUGAUACAUUGCUUGAGCUUGUAAAUGGUGAAAUUAUUAAAUCACAAAAUCAAAUAUUACGAGUUGGAAAUCAAGCAGAUCCUGAAUUGCCUUGGUUUCGAAAUACUAAAGAAACAAGAUCGUCAAAGCUCGUUGAUUCGUUGGGCUGGUGGACAAAUCCAUAUUUUUCUUGUGAAAAAAAACAAUGGCUUGUUUCAUACAAUGUAUAUUCUCGUUCACCAGACACUCGACACGGGAUACGUGACUUUAUCAGUGUUGAUAUUGACAUAAGUGGUCUUGAGGUCAACCAGUGUGACGUAAAUCAAUCGACAUAUUUUCAAGACGAUGAUCCACAAGUGAAUAAUCAAAUUGAAGCUUUUUGGAGUUCACACAAGUGCCACAUCGAAUCAACGCAAUGCGAAUAUAAAAAGCCAUUAAAAAAUAAUGAAAGUCAUGGAUUGGCUUCUUCUGGUUGGAAAAAAGGUGAUUAUACAUGUAAAUGUCGACGUGGAUUUUAUUCAACUGAACAAUUUUUAUUUGAUGGUGUAUUAGUUGAAGCUGCUUGGAAGGAUAAACAAAAUAACAAAAGUAAUUUAUAUAAUGAAAAAUUUAAAUGUCUUCCUUGUGCACCUGGUUGUGUAUCAUGCAAUGAUUCUGGACCAUGUCUUGCAAGUUACAGUUGGCCAUUUAGAAUUACAUUACUAACAUUUUCAAUAUUUUGUGCUUGUUGUACUGUUUUACUUGUUGGCUAUGUUUAUCAACAUCGAAAACUUAAAGUAUUUAAAGUUGCAUCACCAAUAUUUUUAUCAAUUACAUUAAUUGGAUGUGCUAUUAUGUAUCUUGAGAUGGCAGCAAUUUUUCCAGUUUUGGAUAUUUAUUCUUGUGUUCUAACAAAAUGGACAAGACACUUUGGAUUUUGUAUCUCAUAUACAGCACUUUUAAUGAAAACAUGGAGAGUAUCAUUAACAUAUCGAGUUAAAAGUGCACAUAAAGUAAAAUUAACGGACAAACAACUUUUACAAUGGAUGAUACCAAUUUUAUUGGUAAUGCUAAUUUAUCUUGGUACCUGGACAUUGAGUGCAACACCAAAUGCUCAUGUUAUUGCUGAUAAUCAAGGUUUACAAUUUUAUCAAUGUGAAUAUAAUUGGUGGGAUCAUAGUCUUGCUAUUGGCGAAAUUUUAUUUCUCGCUUGGGGAAUACGUGUUUGUUAUAAUGUUCGAAAUGCUGAAAGUUUAUUUAACGAAGCAAGAUUAAUUAGCUAUGCUAUUUACAACAUUGCACUUGUAAAUACAACAAUGAUUGCUAUUCAUCUUUUUAUAUUUCCACAUGCUGGACCAGAUAUGAAAUACACCCUUGGUUUUGUGAGAACUCAAUUAUCAACUUCAGUUACAGUUUUUCUUGUAUUUGGACCAAAGGUGUUGAGGGUUCUUCGGGGUCAAGGUGAUCAAUGGGACAGUCGUGCACGUGCACGUGGUAUAACAGCAAGUUUUUCAUUAAAUGGUAUACGUGGUCUUGUUGCUGAAGAAACAACUGAUCUUUAUCAAGAAAAUGAAGAAUUAAAAGAAGAAAUACAAAAAUUAGCAGCACAAAUUGAAUUUAUGAAAAUUGUACAUAUGGAAAUGCAUAAUAGACAUAUUAAACCAAAAAUGGGAGGAUAUUUUUCAACUCAUGGACAUAAUUGGGGUACACAAAGUCCAAAUGCUAAAACAUCAACAGCAAGUUUUAUUCUCAAAGCAGUAGUAGAGAGAGGAGCGAGCGCAGCUGCUGCUGUUGCUGUUGAAGACUCAACUUUUCCAUCUGGAAGUUUACAUCGAGCAAGACGAAUGGAAUUAUUAAGAGAAAGAAAAGCAGCAAGAGAAAAUCAAGAUGUCAAACAAAUAAAUGCAAGUGUUAAAGUUGUGAGCUCAAGUGAAAAUGAGGCUGAACGUGUUUGAUUUAUUUGAUUAAUUAUGACAAGGUAAACAGCAUUAUUAAUUACCUUGAUAAAUUAAAAAGAAAAGAAUUAAUCAAACUUGUUAUUCAGUAAAACAUUAAAUAAUUUAUGAAUUUUUAUUUUAUAUAUUUACAAAAUAUAAUUGUAAAAAAUACUAUCUGAAAUGAAUCGAUAAAAUCCAAUUUUUACUCUAAUUUAUUUCCAUCAAUUUUUCAAUGACAUAUAAACUAUUAAAAAAUCAAAUCAAAAGCACAAAAAAAAAAACAAAUAAUACUGACUUUGUCAAUUUUUUAUCACUAAUUUAAAUGAUGAAAAAAUAUUUUGCUGUUAAGUAAAUAAAGUAUAUGUGUUAAAUGUGUUUAAAUGUUUAAAAAAAAAAACUGCUGUAAAAUGUAAAAUUAUGACGAAAAUAUAAAAUCUUUUCAAUUAUUUAAAUGCCAAGCAUUAAAUUGAUAAGAUAAAUCAAAAGAAAGUCUGUAAAAAAAAAGAAUAAAACCAAAAAAAAAGACAUA